AUGGACUUUGGAACACAAAUGCGCCUGUAGGGUUCCAUGAAGCCAAGCAGCAGGCACCGAGGCUGGCAGACGGCCCCCAGACCGGUGAGUGGCUGCAUCUCCGAAUGCGCAAGACACUACGUCACCAGAAGCAGCCCAGCCAUCCACGGAGACCAGCUCCAGUCAAGCCAGCGAGCUGCCCGAUGCCCUCUGUCCAUUCGGCCCUCCCGGGCCCAGGCCAUGCUGCUCACAGUCUAUUGCGUGCGGAGGGACCUCUCCGAGGCCACCUUCUCCCUGCAGGUCAGGCCCGACUUUGAGCUUCACAACUUCCGUGUGCUCUGUGAGCUGGAGUCUGGCAUCCCCGCCGAGGAGACCCAAAUCGUCUACAUGGAGCGGCUCCUCGUCGAAGAUCACUGCUCCCUGGGCUCCUUCGGCCUCAAGGACGGCGACAUGGUCAUUUUACUGCAGAAGGAGGCCGUACGGCCGUGCUCCCCCGAGCGGGCGGCUGGCCUCUGCCGCAUGGAGCCAGCGGGGCCUGCCCUGCCUGGGACGUCCAGCUCCCGGCCGCAUGAGCGUGCCCAGUCGGCCCAGCACUCCAGGCGCCACGGCUCUGGGGAGAAGGCAGGCCCGGGUCAAGGGCUGGACAGCCCGGCCCUGGUCCGGAGCAUGCUGCUGUCCAGCCCGCAUGACCUGUCCCUGCUGAAGGAGCGCAACCCUGCCCUGGCCGAAGCGCUGCUCAGUGGAAACCUGGAGAGGUUCUCCCAGGUCCUGAUGGAGCAGCGAAGGGAGAGGGCGCUGAGAGAGCAAGAGCGACUGCGCCUCUUCUCGGCUGACCCCUUCGAUCUGGAGGCCCAGGCCAAGAUCGAGGAGGAGAUCCGGCAGCAGAACAUCGAGGAGAACAUGACCAUAGCCAUGGAAGAGGCGCCGGAGAGCUUCGGCCAGGUGGCCAUGCUCUACAUCAACUGCAGGGUCAACGGGCAUCCUCUGAAGGCCUUUGUUGACUCGGGGGCCCAGAUGACCAUCAUGAACCAAGUCUGUGCCGAGAGAUGCAACAUCAUACGGCUGGUGGAUCGGCGGUGGGCUGGGGUCGCUAAAGGCGUGGGCACGCAGCGAAUUCUCGGCCGAGUCCACCUAGCGCAGAUUCAGAUCGAAGGCGACUUCCUACAGUGCUCUUUCUCUAUACUGGAGGAGCAGCCCAUGGACAUGCUUCUCGGGCUGGAUAUGCUCAGGAGACAUCAGUGUUCCAUUGACCUUAAGAGAAAUGUGCUGGUGAUCGGCACAACUGGCACACAGACUUCCUUCCUUCCUGAAGGAGAGUUACCUCCAUGUGCUAAGUUGGUAAGUGGGAUGGGACCAGAGGAGUCUUCAGAUAAGGAAAUAGCAAAUGCUAUUAAACAUUCAGUCAUGGAUUCGGGGCGGAGAAAGCACUGA